AUCAGACUUCGUUUAGCGGUCAAACACUACAGCUUAAGCAAAAUGGUUUCACAAACUUUGUUCGUCGCUUUCUGCGCUUCUCUCGCCAUCACAGGCUGCUUGGGAGGCCCAACAGUGGCAGUCCCAGCUGCCGUACCUGCAGCAUACUCCGUUCCCUACGCUUCUUCGUACAGUGCCAGUGUCGUCAACCACGCCAUCGCUGCACCCGUAGCUGCCCCUGUAGCUGUAGCUGCAAAACUAGCUGCUCCAGUUGCCGCUCCAUUGGUUGCAUCAGCUGGUCCUUAUGUAGCUUCACCUUACGCCGCUCAAUAUGUUGCUUCACCUUACGCUGCCCCAUAUGUAGCUUCUCCUUACGCUGCUCCAUACUUAGCUUCUCCCUACGCUGCUCCAUAUGUAGCUUCUCCGUACGCUGCUGCCGCUCCUUUGAUCGCUGCAAAGUAAAUUUCUCAAUCAAUUUUUGGCCAGAUUGAUCUCAAAAUCUUGUAAAUAAUGUAUGCUCUGCUGGUAUAAUUGUAUAUGGUGUAGAUAUUUUUG